GAAAGGAAACACGAGAAGAAAACAGAAAAUUCGUCACCUCGAUUGGAGAACCAAUUAACGAGAUCCAGAAACAGAUAAGCAUCGCGUCGAAUCCGAUCAAAUCAUUCGCCGACUUUAGGGUUUCGCAGAAGGGCGAAGGAAGGAGUAAAUAUGGCGCUGAAGUUCUUGAACAAGAAGGGAUGGCAUACCGGCAGCUUAAGGAACAUAGAGAACGUCUGGAAAGCAGAGCAGAAACACGAUGCCGAGCAGAAGAAGUUGGAGGAGCUCAAGAAGCAGAUUCAGGAGGAGCGCGAGCGCUCCGAGUUUCGCCAGCUCCAGGAGGAAGCUGGUCUCGUUCCGAGGCAAGAGCGAUUGGAAUUCCUGUACGAUUCAGGACUGUCCGUGGGGAAAGUAAGCGCCAGUUCUUCUUCUGGCGCCGGAGUAGCAUUCAAGGAACUCGAAGAAGCUCUUCCUGGCGGCAGCAAGACUUCGGAGGGAGUUGUUCCUCCUUCGUCUUCUUCAGCUGCUGCUGCACCAGGAGCUUUGUUUGAGGACAAGCCUCAUUCCGCCAAUGACGCCUGGAGAAAACUUCAUUCUGAUCCGUUGCUUAUGAUUCGCCAGCGUGAGCAAGAAGCUAUCGCCCGCAUCAAGAACAACCCUGUCCAAAUGGCUCUCAUUCGCAAAUCGGUUCAAGCAGAUGGAGAGAACGAGAAGUGUCGUGACAAAAAGGAACUCGGGAAGAAACACCGUCAUGGUGAUGGAAAGCACAGCAGACGUUCAUCAUCUAAGCAAAAACCGGAUUCAGAAGAUGAAGAUGAUGAGACAGACCGAGUUAGGAAGAGGAAUUCUAAUAAACACAAGAGCUCAAAGAAACACGAGGAUCCGGCCUUAGACGGUGAAUCUAAUGGAAGAGAAAGCUGGAGAAGUAGGAAUGAUAGCUCUAGGGGUCUGAGAGACAGGAAUCAUUCUACUCCUGGUCGGUUCUCUGACAGAAACCAGCGUGAAGAACAAGACUACGAGCUGCCAAAGAGUGAUAAUAAGAGGUAUUCUGAUGACCGGCCUGUUCAAAGAGAAAGAGUUGACCAUGAUUCUUAUCGGAACAAGUGGAGGAACCGAGCUCCGAAGCUGUCAGAAGAAGAAAGAGCAGCGAAGCUACGGGAGAUGCAGAUGGACGCUGAGAUCCACGAAGCACGGAGGUGGAAGCGUCUGAAGAAAGCCGAGGAGGAGGACGUAAAGGAAGACACUCGGGCCAAGCAAUCUCACAGCGUGAAGAACUUCUUGGAUGUCGCGCAGAAGAGUGUUUAUGGUGCGGAGAAGGGUGGAAGCACUACCAUUGAAGAGAGUGUACGCCGCCGAGCUUAUUACUCGCAGGGAAGGUCGGAGGCAAGCAGCGGAAAUGCGUUUCGGCGAUGAUCCAUGGAUGAUAAUUCUUCCCGGUCUUUACUCCCUCUGUUCUAUCAUCGUUUAACAGGUGUGCUUUGUCAAAUCUUGUUUGAAGUUGAACCAUGUCAGAGUUGUGUAAUUGAUAGAAUUGUAUUUCCAACAACUUCUCUAUGUGUAAUUGAUAGAAUUGUAUUUCCUCCAACCUCCUGAUGGCC